CAUUACAUAUUCAUAUGAGUAGUGCCAUGAAUAAUGCACUGAAAGCAUUAGAUGAAGGGUUUCUCACAGUUCAAAGAGGCAAUGUACAGAUAAAGGGAAAGGGGCUACAAAAAACAUAUUGGUUGGUAGGAAAGAAGUCAUACAAGAAAACCUUACCUGAUUCCAUGUUAAGAUUUCAUAUUCAAGAAGAAAUAUCCGAUUCAAGGCCGACAACUCCGUCUGUAAAAUCUUUUGGAUUUGACGAUAGUAUGUAUACGGGAUUGUUACGCAAACCGUCCAUAGCUACCAACCAAUCUUCCACAUCUCUUAACAGUAUAAUGUCAGAUACCCGCUCUGAAGUCAUUAACAACGAACUUUUAUCAGUCGAUGAACCAUUUAGAUUUGAAUAUCACCACAGUGAAUGCAGUUUAGAUAAUCCCGAUAUAGCUGAAGAAGGACUUACACUGAAUGUACCAAGAAUUGAACUGACUGAAAUGACUUAA